UUUAUGAAAGAUGAAAUGAAUCGGGGGAAAACUUUCCAGCAAGAUUAUCAGCAACCAGUUGUCAAAAUCAAAAAUGGUAUGAAAAUAAUUGGAAGAGUGAAUAAAACUGUUGACGAGCAAAAAACCUACUUUACAUUUCGAGCGAUACCGUUUGCUCUACCACCAAUCGGGGAGCUUCGAUUUAAGCCGCCAGUUGCCUUUCCAGGAAAUCUGUCAGGUCAAUUAGUUAAUGCGACUCAAGAUGCUGCCAAAUGUAUCCAGUUCAGUUCACCCGGAGGUUCGGAAGACUGCCUGUACCUGAACGUCUACACACCUCAAUUUCAAAAUUCGUCAGAGCUGCGUCCUGUAAUGGUAUGGAUUUAUGGUGGCUCAUUUAUUGACGGUAACAGCGACUAUUCAACUUAUGGUCCAGAUUACCUAAUUAAUCAAGACGUUAUCGUCGUAACCCUUAACUACCGUUUAGGAGUUUUCGGGUUCCUAUCGACAGAAGAUUACGUUUCGCCGGGUAAUUAUGGGUUGAAGGAUCAGAUAAUGGCUUUGCGAUGGGUUCAGGAAAAUAUCGAAUAUUUUGGUGGUAAUUGUGGUAAGGUCACACUUUUUGGGGAAAGUGCCGGAUCAGCUUCAGUUUCCUAUUUGACGCAGGCUCCAAUAACAAAAGGACUGUUCCAAAGUGCGAUUAUGGAAAGCGGAACCUCACUUAGUUCCUGGGCAUUAGCACCAAAUGGUAGGGAAAUAACGCUUCGUAUCGCCAAUAUAUUGCUGAUAGAUACUAGCAGUUCUCAAGCAAUAGUAGAAGGUCUGAGAAGGUUGGACGCCGCGGACCUACAGAAGGCAGUGCGUGCGGCGUUUCUUCAGGAUAUAUUGAAGAAAAACCAAUUAACUAGCAUGCCAUUUGGUCCAACUAUCGAACCAAUACAUCCAGGUGCGGUUGUAGUUAAUUACAGUUACGAGCAACUUCAAAAUGGUUUACUCCAUAACAUUCCUUACAUUAUUGGAUAUAAUUCAUUUGAAGCCCUACCGUUGAUUGAUCUGCUUAAGAACUUUCGUUUGAUUUUGAGUCAAUAUGAUCUGGACCCAACUCGUUUAGUAACGCCAAGCAUGAAUGUGCAUGACUCGCCAACGAAACUGAACUUGAGCUUACUAAUAAAAAAUCAUUACUUUGGAAACACGCCAAUAUCCUUAUCACCAGAUGAGUCUAUUCUGCAGUUUAUCAGUGAUGAUCUGUAUGUGAGACCAAUUUUGAAGACAGCCACGCUAUGUUCUCAAAGCGCCCCUGUAUACCUUUACAAGUUCUCCUACCAAGGUGCUUUAGGUUCGGGAAAACGAAAACAACGCGGUGUCGGACAUUCUGAAGAAUUGCCUUACAUAUGGAGAAUGGCCAAUAAUCGUAAUGAAGUUAACCCCAGCGAUUUAGUAACCAGAAAACGUAUGGUGACUUUAUGGGCUAACUUCGCUAAGUAUGGGAACCCCACUCCCGCUCCCGCUACGUUGCUUGAAAAUGUCACUUGGCCUUUGGCGAACGAAAAUGAAUUUGGACUGGGAUAUUUGAACAUUAAUGUGACAUUAAACGCUUCAAGAGAUCCUGAUUGGAAAUCGUUUUUGUUUUGGACAAAUUUAUUUAAAAAAUUUGGAAACCGUCCAUUUACCACGUAUUAA